AUGCUAUCUACCACCAAAACCCCUCCCGUCUUGCACCACACAAAUGAAUACAGCGUCCCUCGCGCUAUCCGUUCCGCCUCCACUCCGUCCGGCAGCUUUCCAAUCGUCGAGCAUGCCGGUGCCUCCAGUCUAGACUACGACCUCGCUCCCGCUCCCGCUCCAGGCUCGGCGACCCAAAGCCUCCAUGAAUCGCAAUCCGUCUCUCAGCUCUACCCUCGCUCGUCGAUUCUCAUCAACGCGCGCAAGCGUCCUUACUCGGGUGUCAUCUACGCUAAUCCUUCCCUCACUGCCCCUGUCGUCACUCACAUCCCAGCAGUGCCCUCCCGCAAGGAGCGAGAAAAGGAAAAGGAACGUGCACGCGAGCGCGAAAAGGAACGUGAGCGCGAACGUGAAAGGGCAAAAUCCAAGGACGAAGAGAAAAUCUGGGGCAUCCCCAAAAAGGCGCUCCUUCUCGGCCUCGGCGAUCUCAAUUUCAAUGCACAGAUGGCCAUGAUGGCCGGCUGGGGCCACGGCAGCGGAGGCGCUUCCAUCCUCCCCAGUACCGCCAUCACCACCGUUGAUCGCAAACGCAUUCGCUCGUCCGACCUCAUCAGACCUUCUUCCUCCUCCUCCUCCUCCUCCUCCUCGCGCAAGUCCUUCCGCGACUCGGACAGUGAAGCCGAAGACAUCCAUCUCAAACCUUCCCAACGCACCUCCCGCAGCGCCAUCGACAGUGCACACCACAAGUCCACCACCAAACUGGAUGGCCUCGUCAGCUCGUCACCUAUAGACGAGCGCAUGGACCCCGAGGAGCUCGCUGCACUCAAUGCCAUCAUCAACACCCGUCGCAGCAUGGCCGCAGCACAGGCUCUUGUCAGCGGUUCCAUCAGCAUCACUCCACGUCCCCUCCGCGCUUGCACAAGUUUCAGCAGCUCCGCAAACGACCUCUCUCGUCCCCCUCUCGACGAAAAGCGCUUCGAGUCGCAAGACUCGGUCUCCAGCAUCAGCUCCGUUGGCCAAUCUUCCGCCAGCCUAGGCAGCACUGGUUUGCCAACCUCGGCUUUGGACAAUGCAUCCCAAACCCCGACGCUCCAUUCCGCUACCCCUCCCUCUUGCCUCCCUACGCUCCACCCCGCCGACGCCAAAUCGCCGCGCAUCCGCUUCGCACCUCUGCCCACCCCUACUUCGGCGCCACCCACCAUGCAGUCGCUCAAUGGCUCCGCAAUUCUUGACGACUCGGAACAGUCCGACUCCUCGGAAUCCGAGUUUGACUCUGACGACGAAUCCAAAUCCAUGAAGGGCAAAUGGUACCUCAUGGGUAUGCCCUCAGCCUACUUUAAGCCAGAAUACUACACCAAAAAGGGCAGCAAGCGUCGCAACACCAAGAGUGGCAGCGGUACAGCCGAUGGCGACGAUCGUUCCGAAGACAGCCACACGCUUCGACGCAAGAGCACCGGUAGCAUCUCGGACGUCAACACCACCGAACCGCCACGCAGACCUGUCUCGGAACAAGAUGAAGAGCAACGUGGCAGAGGAGCCGCAUCCGCAUCCGCCUCCAAGCCCAAACGCAAAUCGUCGCACUCGCGUAGACGUUCUCGCAGCCGCUCGGGCGCCGUCAGUUCCGGCGACGAGGACGAACGUGCGCGUCGAAGGGAGCUCAUCCGUCUUGCACGUCCAGGCGGCACAGGCAUGGUCACCCUCCCCGACGGCACCAAGAUCCGUGCUCGUCGUGUCAACGAUCUACCCACCCAGGACGAGCCCGAGUUUAUCGAGUGGGGCUUUGCCGGCCUUGCACGUGAGGCGUCUCGUCGCAGCCUCGGUGGCAGCGGGCCCCCAUCGCUAGCUACCACCCCCAACAGCUCCGACUACAGGGGUCUCUCGGCCUACAUGGAAGGUGGCGACGACGAUGACGACGAUGACGACGGCUCGGGAAUGGCAUGGGUUCGUCGCCGUCGACGCGAAAGGGAGGCCAAGGCACGCAUCGAGCGCGAGCAGGCCCAAAAGGCUGCCGUCGAACCCACAGUUCAGGUUGACACACCCUCGCAGGUCUCGACUGCCCAUCCAGUGGUUUCCACCGAGCCGGCCUCGGAUGACUCUAUUGCUUCCACCAAUGGCAGCGCAGCAGCAGCAGCAGCAGUAGCACCCAAACUCACCACUUCGGCACCCGCCACCGCCGCCACACCAAUUCAAGCUGACGUCUCGGCGCCGACGAGCGAGAUUGGCCUUGCUCAGAUCGACGAGCCCAUGCCAUCGUCCUCAGAAGCAGCAGCCGAGCCCGUUGCUGUGUCGCCAUCGCAAGCAGAAAAGCAAAACGCAAAGCGCCAGUCACUGCUUAGCACCAUCGACACAUCGCCCUACUUUAACAACCCAUUUGCCUCUGGUGACGCCAUGGUAGCCUCGCCCGCCGCCGAUGAGCCAUCUGCCAGUCUGGAAGCCUCGAUGCUCUCGGAAGUCUCCCCUGGCGAUCCUACGAUGGGCGGAAGCCAGAUUCUGGGCAGGGCCAAUCGCGCGGUCGCAUCCGAGUCGAGCGUGGCCGGCGACAGCACGCCUCGUCAGAAUACUGGUUUGGGCCUCACUGCCAGCAAAGCCGAGGAGAUCCGUCGUAGGCAUGAGGACGAAGUGGCCGCGCUCGGUGCCGAGGUGCUGGCGCAGACGCGACGCAAUAAUCAGCGUCGACAGGCGAGCUCCACCAGCCGUGUUGUCACUUCGCCCCAACUCGGCUCUGAUGAGCUUGCGGCCGAGCAAGACCCAAGCUCGCCUACCAAGAACAGCAACCGCGUCAGCCAAGCCGCCGUCACCUCGUCUUCCGCUGCGUCCAGCUCGGUCGCGCUCGCCAAAGCCUCGUCGCGUGAAACUGGAUCGGAGAAAAAGUCGAUCUCGCGCGCCGUGGGCUCGAUCAUGCGCAAGGCCACCACCGACAGCGAAAAGACGGUACGACAUCCAGCCGCUCCCACUCUGCUCAAGCAGGAGGUCACUUUCCCACACGAGCUGGAUGCUACCGAGCUCAAGCAACACAACGGCGCCUCGCUGGCCGUUGCGUCAGCCCAUCACAAGCACACGAUGAACGCCUCGCUGGCUCGCACCGCUUCGCCGGAAAGCACGCUGUCGCGUCAGUCAUCGGCGGUGAGCGGCUACUCGGCGUCCGCGGCGAGCAAGUCGGCGUCUUCGCUCCACAACACGAGCAGCUCGCACGCUGCUUCGCCCAUGUCGAACAAGCGUAUCUCGCUCGACCCUUCGGUUAGCACGCCGGCACCGUCGCCUUGGCUGCCACGUCGACCCGAUGCACGCGGUGUCGCCGUAGUACCGCUGCCCCAGCUCGGCGUUCGUCCUGAACGUCCGCGAGAGGGACGCGUGUGGCAGUCGGACGAUAGCGAUGCGUCGGACGCCGACAAGGACGAUGCCAAGCGACACGCAAAGGAAGCGGACGAGGAGGAAGAGGAAGGCUCGGACCUGGAUGCCGAAGAGCUUCUCGAGGAAGAGCGUAAGACGGCCAUGCAAAAGAAGCGAGCUACGACACGUGCAGCAGGACAAGAAGUGGUACACGCGCGUCUAGGCAAAAAGGCAUCGGCACGAGCGCUGUCGGAUCUGACGGCAUCGUACGACGACAUGGUGCUCGCCUCGACCUCUUCGUCAUCGGCGUCAACACGUCGUCGCACCGGCCGCCCUGCACGUCGGAACAGCAUGGAUAUGCGUAUAUCGUCCAACGCUUCGCGAUCGCCCGCCGCUCCUCGCAAAGCGCCGCCCAAGCUGGUGCGAAGUCGUCGAUCGGUGCAGUCGAUCCGAUCGGCUGAAGACGAGGACGAAGACGUCGACGAGAAAGAUCUAUGGCCAGCAGCAUCAGCGACGAGCAAGUCGGGCACACCUCGGCCUCGUCACAUUUUGGUCAAUCUGCCAGGAGGACCAGGGAUCUGGGACAGCAAGACCGGAGGUGGACGCAAUGCUGUGGCGGCCAUCAAUUCGGUGGCAGCUGCACGCGCCAAAGCCAUCAAGAAGCGUGCUCGUGACCGCCACGGCUCGUUUGAGCUGCCGCCGGACUGGGACGACGAGAUGAUGGAUUAUGGCUGGCCACGAAGUCUCAAAGGCUCGCUGUAUUGA